CCGGUCCCCGGGCCCGGUGCGGGUCUGUGCCCGGGCCCCGGCUCGGCUCGGCGCAGGGGCGAUGGGGCGGAGGCCGGCGGACGGCAGCGGCCCGGCGGCGCCAUGACCGGCGAGAAGAAGAAGAAGAAGCGGCUCAACCGCAGCGUGCUGCUGGCCAAGAAGAUCGUCAUCCGCGACGGGGCCGGCCGACAGGGCAUUGGAGAGCCCAGCGUGUACCACGCCGUGGUGGUGAUCUUCCUGGAGUUCUUUGCCUGGGGGCUGCUGACCACACCAAUGCUAACGGUGUUACACCAGACUUUCCCUCAGCAUACAUUCUUGAUGAACGGCCUGAUUCAUGGAGUCAAGGGUCUGCUUUCUUUUCUAAGUGCCCCACUGAUUGGUGCUCUCUCUGAUGUCUGGGGCAGGAAAUCUUUCCUCCUCCUCACUGUCUUCUUCACCUGUGCUCCAAUUCCCCUUAUGAAGAUCAGUCCGUGGUGGUAUUUUGCUGUCAUUUCCAUGUCUGGAGUCUUUGCUGUCACCUUCUCUGUGAUCUUUGCCUAUGUUGCUGAUAUCACCCAGGAGCAUGAACGCAGCACGGCGUAUGGCUUGGUGUCAGCCACGUUUGCUGCCAGUCUGGUCACGAGCCCAGCCAUCGGGGCGUACCUCUCCCAGGCCUAUGGGGACACGUUGGUGGUUGUGCUGGCUUCAGGUGUAGCAUUGCUGGAUAUUGCCUUCAUCCUGCUGGCAGUGCCGGAGUCGCUGCCGGAGGAGAUGCGCCCGGUCUCCUGGGGAGCUCCAAUCUCUUGGGAACAAGCAGACCCCUUUGCUUCCUUGCGGAAAGUGGGUCAGGAUUCUACAGUGCUGCUCAUCUGCAUCACUGUCUUUCUGUCCUACCUUCCCGAAGCCGGCCAGUAUUCCAGCUUUUUCCUGUACCUGCGACAGGUCAUUGGGUUUUCCUCAGAGACAGUGGCAGCCUUCAUUGGGGUUGUUGGAAUUCUCUCCAUCCUGGCUCAGACAGUGGUGUUGGGAAUUCUCAUGCGUUCCAUAGGAAAUAAGAACACCAUCCUGCUGGGACUGGGCUUCCAGAUCCUCCAGCUUGCCUGGUACGGCUUCGGAUCACAGCCUUGGAUGAUGUGGGCUGCAGGAGCUGUGGCUGCCAUGUCCAGCAUCACCUUCCCAGCCAUCAGCGCCAUGGUGUCUCGGAACGCAGACCCUGACCAACAGGGUGUGGUGCAGGGGAUGAUCACUGGGAUUCGGGGUCUGUGUAAUGGCCUGGGCCCGGCACUCUAUGGCUUCGUCUUCUAUCUCUUCCACGUGGAGCUGAAUGAAAUGGCUGAGGUGGAAACUCUGGGUAAGGCCUCCAAACCCAACAUGGCCAACCCUACGGAUGAGAGCAGCAUCAUCCCAGGGCCUCCCUUCCUGUUCGGGGCUUGUUCUGUCCUGCUGUCGCUCCUGGUGGCCUUGUUCAUUCCAGAACACAACCUUGCACUGAGAUCAGGCAGCCACAAGAAGCACAGUAACGGAGCCCAGACCCAUACCCACAGCCCUCAGGCUGGUGGGUCGGAUGGCAAAGAGCCCCUGCUCGAGGACAGCAGCGUAUGAGGCCGGGAGAGAAGGACCUGGCUCACAUCUGGACCCCAGGCCAAGGAUGGACUCAGCCAGUGGGAGUUCAGGGAGAGAGAGACAGGGUGGGGAGAGAGAAGAAGCGAGGUGAGACUGUGCCACUAACAGCUAAUGGGAAGGGAGGAGGUUUCCCUUCAAGCCAAAUACACCCUCAGCUGGUGCAGAACCAGAGUUGUAUCGUCUGGUGCUGAUAGGAAGGGGAGAUACUGAACCGCUCCGUGGGAAGGGAUAGUUCCUGAAGGCAAUGCUGCCCUUUUCCAUGAGCACUGAACUUCGAGGUGUGCCCUGCCAAAUCCUCAACUCACCAAGGAAAACCGAAGGAGCAAGCGUUGGCUUUGUUCUGGUGUGAACUAAGGGCCUUGGCAGCUGGUAUAAACCAACGCAUCAGCUCCAUGCCCCAUCCCCUGGUGGAACCGGUCCCAUCACAGCUCACCUGUGGGCAGCAGCAAGCAGGGCCAUGCACUGGGGUGAAGAGCAGAUGGUGUGGUCAGGCCUGAGCUGCCCCUCGCUACUUGGAGCCAAUGAAUUCACCUUGGUUGGCCCGGGUGAAGCUUAGAUCCCACCCCCCCAAAUCUACUGACUUGAUGUUCUGAUGAAGAGAUGUUGCACAGAGGUGAAUGAGAGAGGGAAGGGCAUCCCCAUGAGUGCUGGGUGCUGAGGUGGUCGAUGAGGUUUGUGUUCCCCUUUGGCUUUUUCCUGUUACCCUGUCUUGGUAGGAGGAUUCUUCAGAGCUGGUUUCUCAGGCACUCUAAGGGGUGAUCAGGAAAUAGCAGCUCUCUGAGAGGCUGGAGAAGCAACUCAACCCCAUGAAGCACUUGCGAAAGCUUUGAGGGAAAGGCCAGAGAAGGAGCUGUUCAUCCUGAGCACUUCCAUAAAGCACGUGGCUUUUUCCCCUCAGGCUCUUGCCAUCCGAUAUUAAACCCAGAUACCAACUGCAGCUCUUGUUCUUUCUCAGUCCAGAAGCUCCUGAAGGUGAUCAUUUGCCGUUGAUGUGAACGUCGAGGUUGGGAAUCCAUGGAAUGUUUGUGAGCCUGCCGUGAAGGCGCUUGUUUGGUUGACAAAUGGAAUUGGAACCUCUGCUUUGGGAGAAGAGCAGCUCCUUGACUUGGAGCAGGAGCUGUGUGAGAGCUGUUGUCAGGCUGGGAUCCCUCCAUCCGGCUGGGACAGGGCUCCCAGGGGAAGAAGGCCAGGAGGGAGGGGGCAUUGGCUCCAUGUCCUGGCUCUUUGCAAAUGGGUGGCAGUGGCUGUGCUGGGCCUCUGCAGCAGUGGGUUUAAUGGGAAACCCAACGGGAUGAUCAUGGAGAGCCAGGUCCUGCUGGCACAAGCCUGGGAGAGCACUGCCUGUCUCCUGCUCCAGGGUGCAUUUGGGAUCCAAGCUCUUCCGCACGCUUGGUGGUGGUGGCAUUGGGUAGAUCAAGAGCUGCAAUUCCAUGUAGAUGGAAUUUAAUCCCUGUCAGAUAGGAACAGCUUGGAGCCACUGCCUGCACUGGGCUGGGCUCAUGCUCUCCUCCCUGCUUCCUGAUCUUUCUGGACCAGUUCUUCAUUGGAAGUGGACACUGAAGUGGAGGAAUUGUCAGCUGGUUUCACAUUAACCCUGCCCAGGCCCUGCAGUCGGAGCCAUUCCCUGGGAGCAGAGGGCAGCAGAGCAGGGAUGGAGAAGGGAGGCAGCCCAAAGCCUCAGUGACCUGCAGUGAUUCCGGUUUCCCCAAGCUCAUUGUGGUGAUGUCCGUGUUGUGUGUGCACAGUGAGCUGCUUUCCUGAAGGAAAUCCAGUCCCUGACCCGUUCAAUGCCACAUUCCCUUCUCGGAGCAGAGCUUUCCCAAGCACAUCCGCUGUUGAUUCCCACUCUCCUCUAAUGAGCUGAAGUUGGUUUUUCCCUCACACCCAAGUGAAUUUGUACCAAGGAGCCGUUACCUCCUCGUGCACUCCGGGGCCCCAGGAGCUCCAGGGGUAGGAUGGAAUCAUAGGAUAGAGCGGAAUGUUGUGGAAAGAAGAACGUAAUUUAUAUGAUAUAAGUAUAGAGAGCUCUAUUUUUAAAAGUCCUUUCUUGCAUAGUUUAUUGACACAAAUCCUGUUCCCCCCCAGCACCGCUGCUGCCUCCGGCCUCUCCUCCCCUCCAGCCAACAGAACCAGGUGAGCUUCCCUGCUCCGUCACCAUCCAUCCUGCUGCCACAUCCGACUUUCCAGUGAUGCCAGCAUCCCCCGGCUCCUGCAAUGUGUAUCUGGAGGCCUUUGGUCACUUCAUCACCCGAGCUGGGAGCCAGGAGAUGCUGCAGGUCGCUGGUGCCUUGGGGGCUGCAUGGAAGGUCCCACCGUGGUGGAGCAUGUGCAUAAGGACACUGACAGCACCAUCAGGGUGCUUUGGACCUUGGCUCUGAUGGCACAGGGGACAUGAGAGGGCCCCAAGCCCGGUGCCUGCAGAGCCAGGGCUCGCUGUGGCACUUGUUCCUGGCGCUGGGAGCAGGCAGGGAUCCCUUCCCAUGGAUUUGGAGUUCCUUUCCCCUGGUUCCACACGACCCCAGCGCCGGGCAUGGAGCUGGGAGCCAGCCACUGUUCUGCCUUCAAGGGACACAGGAGGCCUCGGGCCAAGCAGUGACGGAGCUGAGAUUCCUGGACCUGAAUGACGAAUGUCUCAUUCCGAAGGGCCGGGAAUUCUGCAGCAUCCCACUGGAAAGCUGGGAAGAUCCGUGCGGAGCGUUAGUUUUGCCAAGUUUUUUGUUACUUUCUAUGGAAAAAAAAGCAACUUUUUUAAAAGAGCCUUUUCUUCACCUGCUUCCAUGUGCUGGGAAGUGCCUGAGCCCGGCUGCUCCACAGCAGCAUUCCCAGGAGCUGGCUGCAGCCACUUCACCUUGAGGUUGGGGCCAACAACACCCCAAAAGUAAGGCAAGGAUUGGCUUCAUUUGCCCUUCAGUGAGUUCAAACUGAUCUUAGUGCACUAAAUCCCCCCACCCCCCACCCCAUUAAGCCUUUGCUUUCUCUUUGACCAUUGAUUUAGCAAACCAGUCCCUUUUCCCUUCCCCAGUUUGGGUUCUUUUCUCUGUACUGGAAUGGCUGCUGCCACCUUUAGUACCUUGGAAAAGAGCAUGGGCAUGGGGAGGGGAGCUGCCAAUCGCGAGCGUUUCUGGGUCUCUCUUGUGAAGCUAACAGGGAGCUGUGUUUCUUUCCGUUCAGGUUGUGUUUAGAGCUGGCUAAUCUCUCCCUCCUCCAGUGGAUUAUUUAUUAAACUGCUGCUUUCCUGUUGUGUUGAA